AGGCAUUCGAGAGUGUUGUGUAAUUUUUACCCAAACAAUUUUUGCCAAACAAAUUUUUUCUCUAAAAUUUUACAACGGAAUUGUAGCGGAGCCUCGAGGAUUUGGCCGGUGUAGUUUCUGAACUAUGCAUACUGACCUCUCGCCGCACCUACAUACGCUUGAGUGUAACAACAUUAUAGAAAAAUUAAAAAAGUGCCACUCCGAGAAUAAAUUCGGCAAAUUUCUUGGCCUCUGCAACGAUCUCGAUCGCCAGAUGAUCGUGUGCUUGCGGAACGAGAGGAAAACCAGACAGAAAGUGAACCGGGAGAAGGCUCUAGAAAAGCAGAAACGCGUUCAGCAGCUGAUGAAAGAGCAGCGGGAGUGA